AUUACAAUUUAUAAUAUUUAUUUGCACAAUGUGUAAAGAUGAAUGAAACCUCUGUUUCUGGUAUAAAAUAUGAAGAGGGACUAUUUAGGCACGACACCCAUAGAAAUACAUUUCUUGUUGGAUGAUGGAAUUAAUUUCUGGUUGUGAAAAUUGUGAUCGGAGGUCAAAGGUCAAACAACUGCAAUAUAUUUCUGGAAUUUCUUGCGAAGAAUUUAAAAAUGUGAUAUACCCGAAGCGAGUUCCAGUUGUGCUUAGAGGAUUCGACCUUGGAUCCUGUACGAGUAAAUGGACCGUAGAGUAUUUGAUAUCACAGGCUGGAGGCCAAAAUGUUACCACUCAUGUCUCAGAAAACCCACAGAUGGAUUUUCUAAGUAAAAAUUUUCUCUAUCGGAUUUUACCAUUCUCAGAACUGGUCAAACGAGCAUCACAAGAUUCUAAUGAAGAAUUUUUCAUUUGUCCGGAGGAGAAAUACUAUCUGCGUUCCUUGGGAGGUGACCCACGAAAUACAGUUGCAAACAUCGAAGAACAGUUUCCACAAAUAGCAAAUGAUUUGAACAUUCCAGAUCUUUUUCCUGCCAAAUCCUUCUUCUCCAGUGUCUUUCGUAUUGCUUCAAAAUCAACCCAACUCUGGACCCACUAUGAUAUCAUGGAUAAUAUACUGAUGCAAAUCAAAGGCCGUAAACGAGUUGUGCUGUUUAGCCCCCAGGAUGCUCACUACCUUUAUCUCCAAGGUACGUAGUUUCUAUCAGCGUUUACUUUACUUAAA